AACUUGGAUGAAUCGAACUGGGAAAAGGAUUACUCAAAUAAAACCAUAUCAACUCAGAGGGUGUCUGCUUCUCUAGACCUCAAAUUUCAUAAUGUUUCAUUUGUGUUGCUCGAAAACUGAGGUACCUCGAAGUAAAAAAGCUGUUUUUCCUUCAGCAUCGAGUUUCACAUCAAGUUUGAGAAAGUAAAUUAUUAAAGAAGGACAAAGUUUUCCCGCUUGUAAUCUUAAUACCAUCUGACCACUAACGAUAAGUACGUAAGUACACAGAUAGGCGCCUAGUUAGGUAUCAAUAUUUGGAAGUUCAGUCGCUAAAUGAUACGAAAGUAAUCAAGAAAUUCAUAAAUUUUGUGGUAAAUCGAUCUGCCUCGAUAUUGAUUGACUUCCUCAUUUGAUACUCUUCUUUCGUAACUUUUAUCAAUUCAUCAUACACGUCAUAAAAACACAUCAAGAGAAAACAAAGUAGCAAUACUCAGUUACAACUCCCCAAUUCAAUAUAGACAAAAAAUGAAAUCUUGUGCUGUGAAUAAAUUUUUGUUCAUAUUGUUAGCAUUUAAUAGAAAACUCAAUCCUAUUAUUCUUGCUACUGCAGCACAAAAUCAUGACACGUUUUCAUCUCUGUGUCAAGAUCAAAUGGUGAAACUCGGAUCAAACAUUUAUCAUUUGGAUCGAUUGACAGCAUCGUUAAACUCGAAUUAUUUCGAGAAAUUAUUCACUUCCGACGAUUUUAAGCAGAAAAAUGAUUCGAUUUUAGAAAUGGAAUCGAUAGAAAAUGACGAAGUGUUUCCUAUUAUACUUGAUUUAAUUCAUGAAAAAAAAAUACCAAUACCAGGUCCUGAAUGAGGACAACUAUUUUUCACUAUUGAAGGCGAUGAACUAUUUUGGGAUGGAAAUAGAUUUGGAAGGUUUUGAUAAAAUCAUAGAAGGUGAUUCGAAAUUAUGUUUGCCCCAGGAUGCAAAAAUAUUCGAAUUAUACGAUUUCAUCAAGCAGAAUAGAGGAUUUGAUUAUUUAUUGAAUGGUCUUUUUAAACAAUUGUCAAAACGAUUGGAUGUAUUACAAAAUAUAAGUGAGAAAACGUCUUCGUCUGACAAACCACUGGACCACCUUGUUCAUCUGAUUAGGGAACUUGAGUGCCUGAAUGAAAAGACAAGAUGCCAUGUCGUUUCAUUGUGCGCUAAAUUGCUAAAGCUCACUCCUAAAGUCUUCGAAAAUUCAAACUUCGACAGCUAUUGUGAAUGUGAUUCAGAUAACUGGAACGACGAAGAAAGGGAAAGAUAUACAACUGUAAACAGCCGUGACAUUCGUCUGAAGUCGGAUAAGUAUCGAGAAAAUGGUGAUUUAUGCGACUUCACGGUACGCAUUAAGAAUACUACAUUUAAACUUCAUAGGCGUAUUUUAGAAUCCGUUUCCGAAUACUUUAAAGACAUUUUCCGAGCCGAAUACUCUGAAGCAAUCGCAAAGCAUAAUGGAGCCUUGAAGUGUCCAAGAAAAGAUAAGGAGUAUAUACUAAGCAAUGAAAUCAAUCCAUCAGUGUUUGAAGAUAUGCUUCGUUAUCUCUAUCAGCGUUACUGCCAUUAUUCGGCACUAAAUGAGAAAUGUUUAUUUUAUGAAACUGCGCAAGCUUUCAUAAUUUCCCAUAUUUUAAGAAUUGAUUCGAUAUCAAAAGCUUGUGAAACUCAUUUGAAGAAAUAUCUUCAAUACAAAAAAUCCGAAGAUGUGGGGCAAAUAUUGGAUUUUACUCAUGGAAGACCCGAGUGUGAAGAUUUAUAUGUAAUGUAUGUGGUCAAAAAUUUGAAUGAAAGUUGGCCUAAAAUCAACAACAUGUCACAAUUUUGUUCAGUUAAUUGGACUUUACUAGAAAAAAUAUUGAACGCGCCGCAUUUCCUUGAAGAUGACCCAAAUAAAAUCGUUGAAAUAUGUUCAAAAUGGGCAAGUUACGAUGCUCGCAAUCGAUACCAAUUUUUACCAAGAAUCGCCCGAAUUAUAAAUCCCUCCUGCGUGGUAAACAAUGAAGAAUAUACCACAGAUGUUGCAGAAGGUUUGAACAAUCAGUCGCAACAGUUUGUUCAAACUGAAUUAUGGAAAAUUCUGUCGUCGCUUCCUUAUACCAUUUGUUCAGAAAAAGUAGUGAAAAAUACGUCCAUAAAAUUAGAAGAAAUACCCGUGUUUAUCGCUACGGAAACUGAACAAUCUGCUGCCGUACUGAAUUAUGAGUUGGAUGUGAUUACAUCGAUGAAUAAUUCUGACUCUACAUGCUCUUUUGAGUACCGAGAUAGAUCACAUUUAACGAAAAAGCAUACAAUUUCCGCCACUCUGAUUGGUGAUAAUUUAUUCAUGAUUUAUAACAUUUUCGAUCCUAGAUUUCAAGUUUACAAUUUUUUAUUGAAAAAAUGCUUCAGAUUACAUUUGAAUCUCCCCGGUCUAAAAAACUUCUUCCUUAUCAAUCCUGAUUAUUAUGUCUUGUUGAAUUGUAAUGACGAAAUUUAUGCUUUCUCAGAAUUUGGCCGAGUAGGGAAGUAUUCGAUGCAAUUUAAUCGCUGGACAAUACUUUCGAAACAAGAGUCAUACUUGUACUACGAAGAAGACCUCCACUACACAAGUGACGGGAAAAUGCUUUACAAAACGUAUAAAGUAUCAGAAAAAGGCCAAUCUUCGAGUUAUAUUGUGGAGACAUUCGAUUUUGAGAAAAAUUUAUGGAGUCCAUUGUCUGGGUUACCUUUGAUAGAAACGAGUUCUCCAAACAUAUUUCAGCUAAGUAUGGUCAGCGAUCAUAAUUUCAUUGUAUCAUCACCGUCAAAUAUUAUCAUAUCUGACCGCAAUUCUACGAGUAAAGAGUGGCACUGGAAACUUUACGAGAUACCUCUGAGAGUGCGGAGGUAUCAACUUAAACCACACAUCGUCGCCCAAUGUGAAGACAGACUGUUGCUACUGAUGGCUGAUGCAUUGUACCGUUAUUAUCCUUCAAAUGGAAGUUUCGAAUUGAAGAAAAAAUUCCCGGGACUGCCAUACUAUGAUAUUAGGGCUAUUGAUAGACAUCUCGAUGUUGGCUCAAAGAAGAGUGACGAUUUUUUGUCCUAAAAAAAGCAAUAAAUGA